UCCCUCUCGCCUCUUCAGAUGGCGCAUGCGUCGGGGAGCAUAGCCUGUGUGCUGGAGCAGAGUAGCAGUAGGAGCAGGAGCAGCAGCGACAGUCCCUGCAGCAGCAUUCGCUUUGGUUAAAGCAUUUCGAGGUCCAGAGAGACCGACUUCUGGCCGCACUCCUCGUCGCUGUAGCUGGGGAAGCAGCCAGACCAUUGUUUCUAACCGCCGAGAAAGUGGGGAGCAGCGCCGGCUCGGCCCGCGGGGGAGUCCCGGGCGCCGCACGUGUCCUGGGUCAUGAAACUUAAUCCACAACAAGCUCCAUUAUAUGGUGACUGUGUUGUCACAGUGCUGCUUGCUGAAGAGGAUAAAGUUGAAGAUGAUGUAGUUUUUUACUUAGUGUUUUCUGGCUCCACUCUCCACCACUAUACAAGCACCAGGAAGGUUAAUCCUGAUACCUUGGAGACAAUUGCCCCUGGUCAUGACUGCUGUGAGACAGUGAAAGUUCUGCUCUGUGCUUCCAAAGAGGGUUUCCCUGUUUUUGUGGUGGCUGAAGAAGAUUUUCGCUUUAUCCAGGAUGAAGUAUAUGAUGCAGCCCAAUUCCUGGCAACCAGUGCUGGAAACCAACAGGCUCUGAACUUCACCAGGUUUUUGGACAGAUCAGGACCACCCUCUGGGGAUGUCAAUAUUCUAGAUGAGAAGGUAGCACUGGCAUUCCGACACCUCAAACUUCCAGAAGAAUGGAAUGUGCUAGGAACAGACACAUCUUUGAAUGAUGGUGGCCCACGGGAAACAUUAAUGCAUUUUGCAGUGAGGCUGGGACUGCUGAGGUUAACUUGGUUUCUGUUACAGAAGCCAGGUGGAAGGGGAGCUCUCAGCAUACACAACAAUGAAGGGGAGACUCCAGCAAGCCUUGCUUUAGAGCGGGGCUAUCAGAAGCUUCAUCAACUUUUGACAGAGGAGAAUGCUGGAGAACCUGACUCUUGGAGCAGUUUGUCCUAUGAAAUACCUUAUGGUGACUGCUCUGUGAGGCAUCAUCGAGAACUGGACAUUUAUACAUUGACAUCGGAAUCAGAUGAGGAAUCUCUACACCCCCGAGACAGUCGGACAGGACAGAUUUUUAAACUCAUGAACAUCCAACAACAGCUCAUGAAAUCAAAUCUCAGACGGAAAGAGGACCAUAUCCCCUUAAUGAGAGCAUCUCAAGACCCUCCACCUGCUCAGAGAGUCCUGGAUAUGGAUGACCAAGUUCUUCCCUGCAUUGAAGCUCCUUUAGAAGAUCAGCAACUUGGAGUCAUGGACAACCCUGACCACACAGAGGACCUAGUUAGAUUGGAUGUAAAGUCAAGUGAUCUUUCAAACUUGAUGAGCAAAGGGAACACAGAUUGUUCCUGUAAGAGGAAAGAUAAAAACCUGGAGAUAAAAAAAGAAAUGGAGCCAGGACCAUUUAUAGUCUCUGAGAUUGUAUCAGAGGUAUCAGAGAAAGAGAGAUGCCUACAGAAUACACUUGCUAGCACAGAUAACACAGAAGACCUUCCAUCCUGUAGAAACACAGAUGAGGAAACUGGAAUAAUAUCUCUUGGAACCAUUUUAGAUGAUGAACAUAUGAAUAUUGGAGAUGGUGCCACAGAGGAAGUACAUAUCAGUGAACAAAAUGAAGACCAAACUGUCCCUGGGGCUGAAGGGGUCACUACUUCAGAAGCAACAGAAAAAGUAAAAUGUGAUCUCACAAACUCUGAGGCUACUUGCCUGAAGAGUCUGUGUAAAAGACAGGAAAGUAAGACUGGUGGACUUAAUAAGAGCUCCAGUGUCAGCAUAGCUGAGACCCAUGAUACAGAAAGAAACAGUGACUCUGUGGAGGAACCCAGUGUUUCAAAUGGCAUUGCUUCUCCAGGUUCCUUAGACAGCAGUGACCAUGUUCAGACUUCACCUAUACUUGGUAAAGGAGAAACCAUUACUAAAGAAACUGUAUCAGGAACUGAAACUUCAAGCAGAAGUAACAAAGAGAACUCUGAACUUGUAGCAGAGAACCAGGGUUUGGAGGAUCAACACCCCCCCAUCAUUUUAUCUUUAUUAAAAGGUCAAGAAGAGAGAUUGCAAGAGUUAGAAGUGGAUUCUUCUUUAUCAACCAUGUGUGAAGCAGUCUCACCUUCUGAUUCAACUUUACCCUACCCAGAAAAAGAACUGGUUUUGAACCAGACCUCAAAAGGCAGUUCAGCUCAAGACCAAGAUCAGGAAAUUGAAUCAGCCAUCUGUUGCACAACGGAAGAAGACAAAUUUAGUUUUGAUUCUGUACGUCAACAGAAUUCUGUGACUUCUUGUGGAGACCUGGAAGCAGAGAGCAAGGAUGGCAAACCAGUCCUGGCCAAGAACCUGAAGAGAAAUUCACCAAAUAUACCUGCUGAGGGUAAAACAAAAGAGUCAUGUUUGAGUGAGGGAAUCUCUGAUCCUAGAGAAGAUAACCAGGGGUCUCAAGUGCCCUGCUCCAUAGCAAUUUUAAAUAAAGAUAACCUAGCACAGGAUUUAGCACUGGAUACUCCUUUAGCAUUCAGCCAGAAAUUAUUUUCACCUCCUCAUUCAGCCUUGAGUGAAGCAAAAGAAAGUGUUAUACCCAAUCAGGCAAUGACAUCUGAAAAUCAUGUUGCUCAGCCAGAUGGGCAAUGGGUUAAAUCUAUAACUGAGGAUGAUGUGAUUUCUUUUGUUCCCUCCCAGCAAGAAAAGGGAACAGCAACUCCUGAAAAAAAGACAGAAGAACCUAGCUGUGAUGCUUCACUAGAGCUUUGUGUGCCCAACAGGCUGCUGACAGAGGACGACUCGGGGAUCCUGUCAUCUUUUUUUCCUGCUCCUCAGCCAAGUAUGGGGAAUUUCAGUUCUGUAGAAAGGGACAUUGGGGUUGAAAGCCUUAAUGACAAGACAGUGGGUGCAUUAGAAACCGUUUCGUUGGCACCUACUGAAAGGAAAACCCCUUUGCCUGCUGAUUCAGAUUUGUCCAGAGUAGACAGGGAGCCAGUGGGACCAGAAGGCGCUAUGGCUCAGGAACCAGAUAAGGAGAAUGAAGCAGCCACUUGUUCUAUUACUAAAGACAAUGCAUGUUGUUUAAUUUCCCGGCCAAAAGAGGAGACGCCACCUCCUGGGCAAGAGGCAUCAGGGUUUGGUGAUCAGCCUGCCUUAGCCUCAUGUGCUAAGGGCAAAAUACUUACAUACACUAAUAAUUCAGCGGGCACACCCUCUGCCAUUCUCAUUGCAGAAUCUGAACAAAACAAGGAAGUGGCUGCAAAAGUUUCACUGCGAGCUGAGCAAAGCACAGCUGUACAGUGCCAGGUACCAUCAGAAGCUGGUUUAUCUACAGACGUUCAGGGAACGUGGGACUCUAGAGAAUGCAGCUUGCUAUUACCAGCAACGACAGACAAAACCGAAGCUGACCUAGGACAAGAUGGAUCUGAGGCUUGUUCCAGGGAAAAGACAGCCACAAAACCUGAAAUAAAAGAGUCUCAGUCCUCUUGUGAAGAAAGUGGAAAUGUAACUGUGGGUUCCAGAGAGAAUGCUACCCAGGAUCCUUUGGGGUCUGGUGGCCACCAAGAUGUUCUGGGGCAGAAACAUAUGGCAGACCAAGAGGAUGAUAUAAUGUCAGGCCUGCCAGGAGCUUCACCAGAAGGGGAGGUCCUAGAGAAGAGAACUGUAAUCCCAGACAUGCUGCCUGCUAGUCAGGAGAAAGGAGAGGCAGAUGAAAUCAUCCUCACAACAAAACAUUUGAAGGAAGUGGAGGUAGACAGUGUGGUACCAAGGGCAUUUCUGCAGCCCAUUGCCGAGGAACUGCCCUAUGAGAAUGACGUCAGUGGGGACACCAGGCCCUUGGCUAUUGAGGGAGUCACCACUCCUUGUGUGGACAAAACUCCGGAAACCUUUCCUGAUGGGCUUGGGGCUGAAGAAAGGACAGGCUCCCAAAAUGUUCCUUCCCAGAGUCUACCCACUCAGGCCAAUGCUCCAAAUUCUCUGGAGAAAGAAAGCCUGAUAGAGGAGGCUGCUAACCACUUGGUGGAAGCUAUUCUUAAAAAAGUGAGAGCUACAGAUGAGGUGGUUGCUGUGGGAAAGAGCAGUAGCCCUCAACAGUCCCAUUCUCCUGAGUCAGACUCAGUCAUUGAGGAGCUAGAGAAAACUGCUGCUGCUGCUGCUGCAGAAUCUUGCAUGACUCCAGGAGAUGCAUCUACUAAUAAUGGAGAAUCAGUUGUGAACUCAGACAUUCAGACAGCCAAAGGAGAGAAGCAGGAAAAGGUACCUGAACACUCCCAGGGACCUGAACCUAUGGCAGAAAUGCCAGAUAUGAAAGCUGAAGAUGAAAUGGAUUUUCUGGAAAAUUCCAGGGAGGACUCAGUUUCUGAAGAAAUGGAUGUAGCUAAGCAUAAAAUAAAGCCCAGGAUAAAGGCCCAGACGAUAAACAGGGAAAACUGGUGUACUAUCGAGCCAUGCCCAGAUCCAUCACUGUUGGCUCCAAAACAGUCCCCAGAAUGCGAAAACUUCUUAGAAGUUGGACUGGAUAGAGAGUGUACCUCAUCACAGAGUGUUCUUAAAAGAGAAUCUGGCAGUGAUUCUGACCUCUUCCCUUCUCCCAGUGAUGAAAUGGAUGACAGCGUUAUCUUUACAAAGCCUGAAGAGGAGCAAUCAGUCUGUGAUAUCACUGGGUCCAGUUCUUCCACAGAUGAUACAGCCUCCCUGGAUCGACAUUCUUCCCAUGGCAGUGACAUCUCCCUCCCCCAAAUUCAGACUCUGCAUAGGACCAAGGAUCGGCAGAGUUUGGAUGGGUUCUAUGGCCAUACGGUAGGAGGUGAGGGACGGGAAAGUGAGAGUGAACCUGCUGGCUCAGGUGAAAUGGAAGAAGAGGAAAUGGACAGCAUCACUGAAGUGCCGACAAACUGCUCUGUCCUGAGGAAUUCUAUGCGUUCUCUGUCCCCUUUCCGGAGACAUAGCUGGGGACCAGGGAAAAAUGCUGCCAAUGAUGCUGAGAUGAAUCACCGAAGUUCAAUGCGAGUUCUUGGGGAUGUUGUAAGGAGGCCUCCCAUUCAUAGGAGAAGUAUGAGCUGGUGUCCCUCUGGCGUGCAAUACUCUGCUGUCCUGAGUGCUGACUUUAAUUGUAGAAGUUUCAGUUUAGAAGGCCUCUCUGGAGGAGCUGGGGACAACAACAAGCCCUCCUCAGCCUUGGAUGCCAACUCUACAAACUCAAAAGAGCUGAGGCGAAAUCCCUUCGGUGGCGAGGAACGUGGUGACUCUUUGGUGUCCCUCACUGAAGAGGACCUAGAGUCAGACCAGAGAGAGCACAGCAUAUUCGACCAUCAGCCACGCCAGAGAGUUAAGCAACAGGGGUUUAAUUACUGUACAUCAUCCAUGUCUUCUCCAUUGACAAAAUCCAUCUCAUUAAUGACAAUUAGCCAUCCUGGAUUAGACAAGGCACAGGAGCAGAUACAGCCAGCGAGGCGGAUUUCCUUCUCCAUCAGCAUCUCUCCACUUCUUCUUAAGUCUAAAACUGUCUUUUUUCUUGGCUCUUCUUCCAGUGAUGAAGAGGAGAAGUUGCAUAAUUCACGAUCCUUCCACAAUACCAGUGCUAAUUUAACUGAAAGUAUAAAUGAACAGGCCUUCAACUUUGUCCCACAAAGCCCCUCCAAGAAAGAUUUUGAAGGGAAAAGUGGAACAAAAGUCAGUCGUACCUUCAGUUACAUCAAGAAUAAAAUGUCCAGCAGUAAGAAGAGCAAAGAGAAGGAGAAGGACAAAGACAAGAUUAAGGAGAAAGAUAAAGAUUCCAAAGAGAAGGAGAAGGACAAGAAGACUUUGAAUGGACAUACGUUUGGUUCCAUCCCUGUUGUGGGCCCAAUCAAUUGCAGCCAGUGUAUGAAAGCCUUCACCAACAAAGAUGCCUACACAUGCACAAGUUGUGGUGCUUUUGUCCACAAAGGGUGUAGAGAAAGUCUGGCUUCUUGUGCAAAGGUCAAAAUGAAGCAACCCAAAGGAAGCCUUCAGGCACAUGACACUUCUUCACUACCCACAGUCAUUAUGAGAAAUAAACCUUCACAACCUAAGGAGCGCCCUCGUUCUGCAAUCCUUGUGCCUGAUGAGACCUCUGUGGCUCCAUUGUUCCCUAACAGGCGGUCACAGCAGUGUGCCUCACUUUCCAAAAGUGUCUCUAUACAGAAUAUUGCUGGAGUUGGCAAUGAUGAGAACAUGGCAAACACCUGGAAAUUCCUGUCCCAUUCAACAGACUCUUUAAAUAAAAUCAGCAAGGUCAAUGAGUCCACAGAAUCUCUCACUGAUGAAGGUACUGAUAUGAAUGAAGGACAACUCAUGGGAGAUUUUGAAAUGGAUUCCAAACAGCUGGAGGCAGAAUCCUGGAGUCGGAUUGUAGAUAGCAAGUUUUUGAAACAACAGAAAAAGGAUAUAGUCAAGCGGCAAGAAGUGAUUUAUGAAUUGAUGCAGACAGAAUUACAUCAUAUCCGCACUUUGAAGAUCAUGAGUGAUGUGUAUAGCAGAGGAAUGAUGACAGACCUGCUUUUUGAGCAGCAAAUGGUAGAAAAACUGUUCCCUUGCUUAGAUGAGCUCCUCAGUAUUCACAGCCAAUUCUUUCAAAGAAUUCUGGAAAGAAAGAAGGAAUCCCUGGUGGAAAAAAGUGAAAGAAAUUUUCUCAUCAAGAGGAUAGGAGAUGUCCUUGUGAAUCAGUUUUCAGGUGAGAAUGCAGAGCGCCUAAAGAAGACAUAUGGCAAAUUUUGUGGUCAGCACAACCAAUCUGUGAACUACUUCAAAGACCUUCACACUAAAGAUAAGCGUUUUCAGGCUUUUGUAAAGAAGAAGAUGAGCAGUGCAGUUGUUAGGAGGUUGGGCAUCCCAGAAUGCAUCUUACUUGUAACCCAGCGCAUUACCAAAUAUCCAGUUUUGUUACAAAGAAUAUUACAGUGUACCAAAGAAAAUGACUUAGAACAGGAAGAUCUGGCCCACUCACUGAGCCUGGUGAAGGACGUGAUUGGAGCAGUGGACAACAAAGUUGCAAAUUAUGAAAAGAAAGUUCGUCUUAAUGAGAUUUACACCAAGACAGACAGCAAGUCGAUUAUGAGGAUGAAGAGUGGACAGAUGUUUGCCAAGGAAGAUUUGAAACGAAAAAAGCUUGUUCGAGAUGGGAGUCUUUCCCUGAGAAAUUCAGCAGGGAGGUUGAAAGAGGUCCAGGCAGUUCUACUCACUGACAUUCUGGUUUUCCUUCAAGAAAAAGACCAGAAGUAUGUUUUUGCAUCACUGGACCAGAAAUCAACAGUGAUCUCGUUAAAGAAGUUGAUCGUACGAGAAGUGGCACAUGAAGAGAAGGGCUUAUUCCUCAUCAGCAUGGGAAUGAAGGAUCCAGAGAUGGUUGAAGUCCAUGCCAGCUCUAAGGAGGAACGGAACAGUUGGAUUCAAAUCAUUCAAGAUACUAUCAAUGCCCUGAACAGAGAUGAAGAUGAAGGAAUCCCCAGUGAAAAUGAGGAAGAAAAGAAAAUGUUGGAUGCCAAGGCGAGAGAAUUAAAAGAGCAACUCCAGCAGAAAGAUCAACAGAUCUUAGUUCUGUUGGAGGAAAAGGAGAUGAUUUUCCGGGACAUGACAGAUUGUGGCGCCCCUUUGUCAGAGGACAGUUCCCCAACGCACAGCACCAGGGUGCUCUUCAGAUCCAACACCGAGGAGGUGCCCAAGGGAGGGCCCAUCAUGAAAAGCGCCAUAAGCGAGGUGGAGAUGCUCCAAGGCUUGGUGAGUGGCAGCCUCAGGGGCACUCUUGGGCAGUCUGUCAGUAGCACCCUGGAGCCAGAAGGAGGACUGGUGGGGCCCGUCUCCUUACCCCGGAGGGCAGAAACCUUUGGAGGAUUUGACAGCCACCAGAUGAAUGCCUCCAAAGGUGGUGGUGAGAAGGAAGAUGGAGAUGAUGGCCAGGAUCUUCGGAGGACAGAAUCAGAUAGUGGUCUAAAAAAGGGUGGAAAUGCUAAUGUCGUAUUUGUGUUGAAAAGAAACAGCGAGCAAGUCAUCCAGAGUAUCGUUCAUCUACAUGAACUUCUUAGCACUCUGCAGGGUGUGGUUUUACAGCAGGAUAGCUACAUUGAGGACCAAAAGUUGAUGCUCAGUGAGAGGGCAAUAACCCGGAGCACAUCCAGACCUAACUCUCUGAUUGAGCAAGAAAAGCAGCGGAGCCUAGAAAAACAGCGACAGGAUCUGGCCAACCUGCAGAGGCAGCAGGCACAGCACCUAGAGGAGAAACGCAAGAGGGAGAAAGAAUGGGAGGCCCGAGAGAAAGAACUGAUGGAGCGGGAAACACAGCUGGCCCAUUGGGAGGAGAAGGUGCAGAGAGGGCAGCAGGACCUGGACAAGGAUAGAGAAGAACUCCAGCAGAAGAAAGCGGCUUAUCAGUCUGACCUGGAGCGACUCCGAGCUGCCCAGAAGCAGCUUGAAAAGGAACAAGAGCAAGUGAAGAAGGAGAUGGAGAGAUUAACCCAAAAGCAGGCAGAACAUGAUGCUAAUCAGGUUUCCUAUCAGCACAGCAAAUUGAUGCGGAUUCCAGCCUUCUUCCCCAACCCCGAGGAACCUCCCCAGCUAACAACACCUUCCAUAGCACAGUCAGGGUCUUUGGACUCAGAACUUUCAAUAUCCCCCAAAAGGAACAGCAUUUCUCGGACACACAAAGACAAAGGACCGUUCCAUUUACUCAGUUCAACCAGCCAGGCGAGUAAAGUGUCAGAGGGCCAGAGCCAAAUCCCGGUGUCCACCUCUGCCUCCACACGCCUCUUUGGUUUAGCAAAGCCAAAGGAAAAGAAGGAGAAGAAGAAGAAGAGUAAGGCAGGCCGUUCUCAGCCAGGUGAUGGUCAUUCACCUGAAGCCCCGGCUGAGGGCGAAGAGAUCUUCUGCUGAUGGUCGGAUUUUUUUUGUUCUAUUAAGAUAGAAACUAUUGGAAUCUGACACACCAGCAUCACCCCCUGGGCCUUCUCCACUGCUAGCACAUGGGCUUUACGUGAUGGAAACUUUCCUUCUCUUUGUUUAGAAACACAUUACAGUGCUCUCCUGGAUCCUGGAUUUGAUGGAAAUAAAUUGAGUAUUGGGGCAGGGAAGGAACCCAGUCUGCUUUUAGCCAUGACUUCCUUGUGAAUGCCAAGGACAUGAGGGUGGAGAGGGCCCUCUGCUCGGAGUAGAACCAGCUCCCUAGUACCCUGGGAGUAGACCAGGGGCUCUCAGGUCCCAGAACCCUUCUUUGAAUGUUAAAAAGUAUGAAAGCAUCCAUGCCUCUAAAUUUAUUUCACCUGAAGAACACGACUCAAAAUUGGAGCGUGCUAUUCAGUCCUUGCAGGGUGACCUGUAUGUAUAUAUGGAUGUACACAUGCAUGAAUUUCAUGUGUAUAUACAUAUAUCUGUGAGUUGUGCAUAACGUGUAGAGACAGUUGGGUUAGCUUAACUCGACCGGAAAGGAAGAUACCUGAUGAUUCUCAGGUAGCAUGUAGAUAUUAAAUAUCUCACCCUUUGGUUGCCCUUUCUCCCCACUCCUUGCACACUUCCUCCUUGUUUUUCAUGUAUUUCUUCAUUGUAGGAGGGAGGUCUGAUGAUGGCACGAAAAGAGAGGGGAAAAGGCUUCUAUCUGUAAGUGGGUGUAUUGUGCAGCACCUGGAUGGUGACGGUUCCUUGGGAUCCCAAAAGGAGAGUAUUUGCCUCCAUCCUUAUAUUCCAGAGAGGCUUAGAAAAAUGAAAUCUCGUGUGUCUGCAUAGAUGGCAUAGAGUUCUCACCUACCAAGGAAAUGCAUUCUAUGUCAGCUUUAGUUUUCUGAGCAGGAAGACUUUUUUUGUUUGUUUGUCUCUGAGCAUUCAGAUCUGGUUGACAUCUCCUGGAACUAUUCCUGAGAACCUUCCAUGUGAGGCAACUCAUGUUUCCUAUCCUAAUAACAACUGGCCUAGAGGACGGCACUUUUCUCUAAGAGAAUGUAAUAAAUGUCUUGUCAGCAUUCAGAAUCAGCAGCUGCUCCCUAGUCUAUGAGCCCAAGUUUUCUGAUGAAAUGCACUAGCAGCAGAGACUUCACCCCUGUACUUGGUCUUCAGGGACUCGGGGCACAGUGAAAUUUCUGAGUCCAUGUAUGGGUAUUUCAUUGAUACUAGAAGAGACUGACAAAAAGAAAAAAAUAUAGAUAUGGUUUCUGAACUUGAUGUUUCCAAGGAUUCUUCAGGAGACCUCAGCAGAUUAUAAAUUGUUGAGAACAAAAAAAGAAGGAAAAAAAGCUAGAGGACAACAAAAUAACUGUUGUUCCUGUACUGCUUUGGAGCAAGUAAUCGUACCUGCUGCUUUUUUUCCUUCACUGUUUUGAUUUGUAUUUGCUUGAAGCUUUCCACCAGCUGUUCUGAGAACAGCUCAUUGGCUAUAUUUUUUUCUUAAUUUUUUCCCCUCCAAAUCAAUAGCAACAGUAGCCUUUGAGGCUGUGGUCCCCCAGAAUAGGAGGACUACAAAAUAUUCUGUUCUUCAAGUGAGGCCCUUGACACCCAUUUCCCCUCAGGAGCAUGGGGGCUUUGAAAGUACCUUUUUUCCUCCUUUUCCUUUUUAAACAAAACUAUUAUUUGGUGCUUGUUAAUGAAUUGCAAGCUGGCCUUGCAGAUUAUCGGAGAUAUUUAUCUUUCUGUUUUUUUGAAAGAGGUCUGGUUUUAAAUUUUUUUUAGUUUAGUUUUAUUUAUUUUAUUUUUUUUAAAGGAUAUACAUAAUAUCCCAAUGGUUAAAACUCUGUCUCACUAAUGCAAAAAAGUGAGACAAUACUCACCACUUCUCACUCCUCAUUGUGCUACUUAAAUGAGUAAAUCUUCCACCUGGAGCUGCCUUUAAGGCCAAAUAAGUCUAUAGGUGAAAAUGAAGAGAGAGUCACAUAUUCCUUCUCUUCUCCCCCCUUCUCCCAUUUCUAGAUGAAAAGAAAAGGGACUCUCUUUCUUGGGUUAAGAAUUCAAGAAAUGUACUACCUUUUAGCUCUUUGACUUCUGUGCUUUCCUACCCUUCUGACCCAGAGAUAGCAAAUCUUUUGUAACUGUGAUCACUUCAAUGAGAAUUCACCCCCCCCUCCAAAAAAAAUCAUAAAGCAAAUUACUUCAUUCCCCACGUGCCCAUUAGGUAACAGAAUAUUUGUGAAGAGGAGAUUAUGAGCCCCAAUAAAGUAGAUAAUAACCCAUAUCAAAUCCACUAUCACAAAACAUGGCUGUUUUGGUUUGGUUUUUUUCCUGCUCACUGAAUAGAUCCAGCAGUUUACCUAGCAUCAUCCCUAUGGGAGAUCUUCAUCUCCCAUGAAUAGGAUAGCAUGAUUUUAGGACAGAAAAGUAGAAAGAACUCAGUUCUUAGCUGGACAGUUUUUCAGCCUCCCGUAUAUACAACUACAGUAUGUGCAAUAAUUGAAAUGAAAUGGACAUUUCUAUAGCUCAUCUGUUUCAAGGUGUGUAUCAAGGUGUCCAUUCCCCCCCCCUUCUCCCUCCCUCCUCUCUCUCUCUCUCUCUCUCUCUCUCUCUCUCUCUCUCUCUCUCUCUCUCUCACACACACACACACACACACACACACACACACACACACUCACUCACUCACUCACUCACUCUAGUCAAGUCUGGGUUUAAAAUAAAAAAGUGUUAGUGCUGAUGAGAUUUUCUCUUUUGAAAUGGACUGUUCUCAACAAAAACAUUUAAAUAAUUAUAUAUUAAUACACAGUUGGAUAUAGUUUGAUUUGAAAGUGCAUACCUAGUUGUAAUAUUUGUUCAUUUCUUGUAUUUAGGAAAUGGGGACUUUUUUUAAAUUACUGAUUUGAUAGGUUUAGGACCAGGACAUAAAUAGGUAGUCUCCCUGCACUUUAUCCAGAGCUACCCAACUUCACGCAUGAUUCCAAUUCCUGUGUCAAGGGAAAUCCACUUAUGCAGUGUCUGCUUCUGUGCCUUGGUCAUCUCUUAGCCCUUUGAAAUGAAUCUCUCAAUAGUUUCACUCUGAGAUUAGGGAAUUAACUUGCUGCUUCUGUUCUUUUUUGCUUGGUGUGAAAUUCACCUUGAGAUCUGAUCCUGGUUACUGAGAGACGGAGAGUAGUUGGACUGGCCCUGUCUGCUUCUGUACUGUCACUGAGGGUCAGUGUUUAUGGUGACUUGGUUUUUGGAUUCUACAGUGUUCCUUGCCUCUGGGAAAAGAGGACAUGCUUCCCUUUCCAGGAGAAAGAAGAGAUUCUGAAGGGGGUACUGAGUAUUUGUGGUAGUGACCUUAUAGACAACAGUGCCUAGUUUUCCAGAAUCAAGUAGGUUUAAUGGAAUCAGUUUUCCCAUCACCUAAAUAUUGAAUUAUCAUCUCGGUCAUUUUUAUCACAGUUUAAUGCCAUAUGCACUUUAAAAUCUCUUGUCAGUAGCUUGAUUAUGAGACAAUCAACUUUACAAUCAUUCUUUUCUAUGAAAUUAAGGUUAGAAACUGCCAAAGCCAGAAAUGCUGCAGACAAUUCCACUUUUGCCAACACUUUUUCCCCCUCUCUUCCCCCACGAUGAGCUUGUGGGGGCAGAAUCAGUCUCAGAAAACCAUUCCCUGUUUAAAUCCAAAGGUAGGAAAAGGCAAAUUCUAUACCUUUUGUCUUUCAUGUCUUGGGGUAAUACCACUGACAGUUUAUCCCUUUGAUAACUGUCCUCCCUCCCUUCCCAAUCCAUGAUCCUUUCCAGGGGUUCAGGAUAGUAUUAGAUAGAGGUAUAAAGGCCUAGAAUUUUUGUCUUUUAUUAAAAUUAAAUUAGUGCCCCAUCAAACAAGUUAAAACUGAUGCUCUAGGAGCACACUCUUUGGUCCAGGUAGUAUGUUACCUAUAGAAAUACUUACUUUGUACUUAUUCUAUCUUCUUUUGGAUUUUGGCCCCUCUGAUUCUUACUCUUGUCUGCCAAGGAUUCUUAAUGUGUGUUAGAGCAUAAAUACUGUCAAAACAAAUGAAGAAAGGGAAAAGCAAUUAAAGUGAGUAGAGGGCACUUUGGCCCCAUAAAAAGCUAUUCUUAAUCCUCCAAAUAUUUUGCAUUUCCAAGUAGAUGAAGGCAGUAAUGCAAGAUUUAGCCAUGAUACUACAGAGCACAUUGUGGAAAGAAGACAAGGAGGGGACCAAAUGGUAGGGAGGAAGGAAAGACUACAAGAAUUGCUUUUAUUCUCUACUAAGCUUCAGGACCCUUUCUGCAUUCCUAUGUAGCAAGAAGCUACCUACCAAAAAAGGAUUUUCACCAAGGCAAAAUUUCAUACAGAGUGCCAAGUAUGAAACCAUUUACAAUCUGUAGAGUUCUGACCUCCUAAAUAGUAAUAGGUCUUGAAAUCUAGAAACAGCAAUAAUCAUUCAAAUUAGACUGUUCUACCAUAAAGGAAGGCAAUGGGUGACAGUAACUGAGGGAGGCAUGAAGUUUCUUUAAUUGGCAGGUCCAUUUUGAAAGCUGUGGUAGAAUUUGAUAAAUAUGCCAUUUCUUGUUGAGUUAUUUCAAAGGCUGCACAUUUGCUCUGAUUCAUGUUCACAUGUGGAAAGGAUAAGAUGUUUGUUUCAGGGUUUUUGUUUUUGUUUUUUGAUGUAGCAUAACAUUCCUAGUAAACCAGAGCCCAGGAAUCUACCACCUGCUGGUCAGGUUUAUAAAAUAAAAAAUAAUUUAAUAUGCCACCUUUAAAUUAGAAAAAAAAAUAAAAAGAAAGAAAAGCAGUGCUGAUUUUAUUUCACUUGCUAAAAGAACAGGCUGUGAUUCCUUCUUUCUCCAUCAAUGUAGCUAAAGUUUAAGGACAGGCAAACUGAACUGACUGAUAACCUCCCUAGCUGUGGAAAAAUCAGAAGCUUUCUAUAGAAAGUGAAUGCUGAAAACCAUCUCCUAAAAUGCAUUUUCCAUUAAAUUCCAUUUAUGACUGUCUAGAGAGGUUCACGCCUACACCAAUUUAUAUCCCCCAAAUGCAUAAAAAUCCUUUCAUUCCUAGCUCUUGAGCCAAAUUUUAAUCUUAUCUUUGUAAAAGGUGGAUGCCUCCCAGGUAGAUGCACCACUUACCAUGAUGCCUUUUUAAAAAUCACAUGAUGAUGUUACAAAGCACUGAGAAAGAGAUAUAUUCAGUUCGGUUUGUCUGUGGUUAAAGUUUAGCCUUGUGGUUUCCUAUGUUUUCCUUUACUGCUAUGGAGUGCACUAGCAUAUGCCACCAAAUGCUCAAGAGAGUAGCUGUAAUAAUACACCUCAUACCUCUGCUUUCAGUUUAUUUUUUGUAAUGCUUAUAUAAGCAUUUACCUUGCUAGAUUCUAUUAAAAAAAAAAAGAUGGGUUAAAACCCACCUGCUGUAUGUUAAUUUGUAAUUAUGUAAAAAAAAAAGCAGUCAAAACUGUAAAGUUUUUUUUUCAUUGUGUCUUGGCGUUUUGGCCACAGCACACUUGCUUUGUAACAAACUUUUAUUUAUCUUUCUUUCUAGUUAUCAGCUUUAAACUCUUGUAAAGUGCCCCUUCCCCACCUCAAAAAUAAAUAAAAAUUUUCUUUUGA